CACAUUCCAACCAAGACUUCCACUUUCUCUCUCUUCUUCUUCUUCAUCUUCUUCCUCCAUAGCUUAACUAGCUACAAAGUAUUAUACCACCAAGCCAAAUUUGUUCAGAUCAAGAGAUCCCAAACAUGAAGAUGCUAUCCACAAAGGCCACGUGCAACUCCCACGGCCAAGAUUCCUCCUACUUCUUGGGAUGGGAGGCUUAUGAGAAGAAUCCCUUUGAUGAGGCCUCAAAUCCCAAGGGGAUAAUCCAGAUGGGUCUCGCUGAGAAUCAGCUAUCCUUUGAUCUCCUGGAAUCAUGGCUGACCAAAAACCCAGAUGCAGCCGGCUUCAAACGAGACGGCAAAUCCAUUUUCCGAGAGCUCGCUCUCUUCCAGGACUACCACGGCUUACCCGCAUUCAAGAAGGCAUUGGUAGAAUUUAUGGCGGAAAUUAGAGGAAACAAAGUGACAUUUAACCCUGACAACAUCGUGCUCACGGCUGGCGCAACUUCCGCCAAUGAGACUCUUAUGUUCUGCCUUGCCGAGGCCGGCGACGCGUUUCUCCUCCCAACUCCAUACUAUCCAGGAUUCGAUAGAGAUCUCAAAUGGAGAACCGGCGUUGAGAUUGUGCCAAUUCAUUGCACCAGCUCCAACGGCUUCCAAGUCACCAAGCCCGCUCUCGAGCAAGCCUACAAAGAAGCCCAAACCCGAAACCUACGCGUCAAAGGGGUGUUGGUCACCAACCCAUCCAACCCAUUGGGGACCACGAUGACCCGCGACGAGCUCAAUCUCGUCUUCGAUUUCAUAACCCAAAAAGGGAUUCAUUUGAUCAGCGACGAGAUCUACUCCGGGACCGUGUUCAGCACUCCAGGAUUCGUGAGUGCUAUGGAGGUGCUCAGGGAGAGGAGGGAGAGGAGUAGCGAGGUUGAGAAG